AUUCAUACUGGGGAAAAGCCUCAUCAUUGUGAUAUCUGUGGUAAAUCAUUUUCUCAAAGUGCUAACUUAGCUACACACAAACGUACUCAUACAGGAGAGAAACCAUAUCAGUGUGAUAUCUGUGGUAAAUCAUUCACUAGAAAUAGUAAUUUGACUACUCAUAUACGUAUUCAUACUGGGGAAAAACCAUAUCAAUGUGAUAUCUGUGGUAAAUCAUUUUCCCAGCAUUCUACUUUAAACGGGCAGAAACGUAUUUAUACAGGUGAGAAGCCAUAUUAUUGUGAUAUCUGUGGUAAAUCAUUCUCUCACGGUAGUGACCUGCCUAAUCACAAACGUAUUCAUACAGGUGAAAACCAUAUCAUUGUGAUAUUUGUGGUGAGUCAUUCUCUCAAAAAUGCCACUUAAGUACACAUCUAAGUAUUCAUACACAGGUGUAAUCGUAUCAAUAUCAAAAUUUGUUACAACCCGGCAGGACAAGUGAGACCACAACCCAUGGCCUCUACCUGGGAUGUAGCCAGUCCACUUAUGCAUACCUUUCCUUCUUGGGACACAAAACUCUACUUG